AUGAUGCUGACAGAGCCGUCUUUCUCGUUCAGCUUCAGCUAUCCCAACGGUGAACCUCAGACUCCUACGAGGACUCCCCCGACAACCACAAUCUUUGGCGAUUCCGCUUUCCAGACCCCUAAACUCGAAUCCAGCUUCUUCGACCCCCGGGUUACCUGGGAUACUUCGGACCCCUAUGCCUCGAGUCCGGAAUUCCUCCGCACGCCCCAGAAGUUUGGGCUGAGCACACCUUCCAUCAAUCCUCUCCGGCUGCCGGAUACUGCCCCCGACCGACCGACCGAUACUGAGGAUAAUACCCGGAAUGGCAAAGCGGCGGAGCAGGACACUGAUACGGCCAAGAGACGUCGCCCGUCCAGGCCACAUGGGCAUGUGGGAGAGGAUGGUCCUCGCACAGUAGAUUCAGCCAAAUCUGCUGCGACAAUUCAGACCCCUCCUCCCAGCAGUGCUUCGAGGAAGAAGGUGACGGGGCUUGACGAGGCCACUGGUACAGGUCGACGGCCGUCCGCCUCUAGCAUGAUUGGCGGUCAUUUAGAAACUCCCAGUCGGUUACUGGGGGCUUCCCCACGGCUCUUUGGAGACCUUCAAUCAUCCUCAGACCCAUUCCAGCUAGGAUCAAUCGAUUCCGGCGCCUCUUCAUUCUUCCCACAGCAAAGGCUAUUCUGGGACCAUGAUCUCAAUCAGCACGAGAGCAAUAUGGGCCUGUCGGCCAGUAACAAUCUUGACUUGUUUGACCUUCAUGCCAAUGACUCCUUCCAUGUCAACCACACCACCGCCCCGGAUUCUCACAUCCCACAGUUGCCUAUAAUCGAAGGAAACAUGGACCUCCCCGAUUUCAAUAAUAGUAGUACAUAUAACCUCUCUUCGGGGGUGACCACUACCGACGCCGCCCUCUUCCCUGCCCCUUUCUCCACUUCCCCUCGCCGCCCUAUCACGAAAGCAGAGGAUCCAGCACUGUUCCUGAGCUCCCCUGCACGCCGAUUUGGUGGACUGCAGCCGACUCCUGAGAAGAGGCUCUUCUCCCGACCGACUCGCCAGCCCUACCAUCACCAAACGGAGGAGUCCAAGAGAGAAGAGCUCCGCCGCGCUCGCAGCGUCAACCACCAUAUCCCUGUCUAUGAGGAUGAUGAUGACGAUGACUACACCCCCCGUCAGAUGAGGCCGACUUUGACUCGUAGCCUAACGCACAGUGCUAUUGCAGGGUCUGCCAGCCGACCGGGGUCUGGGAGUAUGAUGGCUUCCAGCAAUGGAAUCCGGAAGAGUCCCUCCAAGGGUCGCUCGUCUCCCAUCAAGCCCAUUCGUCAUCAGCUGUCGAGGGCAAAUUCAGUGGCUGCUAGUCUGCCCAGACGCUCUCAGUCCGUAGUCCUCAAGAUAGGCAAAGACGGUAGAGCUAAGGCGGAAAUGCAACCUGUGCCCGAGGCAUCAACCGGUUUGACGGACCCCAUCACAGGAAUGGACUUGGAUGGCUCCACCACGGAAAGCGAGUAUGACUCGGUGGACUACUGUGAAUACCCAACUGUCCCCAGCCGCAACCCUUCAUUUGCAUUUUCCGACGCCAGUGGGGCGACGAUUGCUCGUAGUGACUGUGGUUCACGGCCCCAUUCGAAGGGUUCCUAUACCUCUACGGCAGCGUCAUCCUCAGGACGAGCAUCCCCGUGGGCUGACGCCGGUCGAGCGCCUUCCAAACGACCACAGUACAAGCCUACUUUGGAUGACUGGAAGCGCACCCCGAAAAAGCAGUUGGCAACGCUCCACUCAGACCUAUCAUACCUCAGUGCCGGUUCCCUAGGCGAGCCUUUUGCUGAUCCCGAGGAUGACAGUGGUGAUGCCCAGCAUGCACUCCGAAAGGUCCUCCAAGAGAGAGGUCGAAUCCCUCGUCCGCACACUGUCAGCUACGGGUCGCGGAUCAGCCGUUCUGCUCGCUCUCUCGCUCACCUCAGAUCGUCCCCGCCACGAUUCGGUGCGGAGCUUGACCUCAGCUCACGAACCACGAAUACAUCGCCCACGACCAUGACCGACCCCGACAUAGCCACCCCCGUCACCGACCGCUUCAGCAACCCGAGCAAUGGGACCCGGUGUGUCUGCAAUUCCAUGGACAAUGGUGGCCACCUCAUGAUCCAAUGCGAAUCAUGCAGUCACUGGUUGCACACCAAGUGCGUUGGACUGGAGCGGGCCAACCUGCCGUCCGUGUAUGUGUGCAUCUUCUGCGCCCAGACACCCACUCGAAAGAAUCAUCGGGUCCGAGUGCCUGUCGGGGCUUCUGGACAUGCCCCCACCUCGCCUUUAGCUCAUAAAUCCUACCGAUUUCGAUGA